AUGGAUGCUGGAAGAUUCCUCCUCCUGGUUAUCUUCCUGGGGCUCCUUCUGCUCCUAGCCCACAGACCCCAGAAAGGCAACCUCCCUUCAGGGCCCUCACCUUUGCCUCUGCUAGGCAACCUGCUGCACAUUGCCUGCCAUGGCAUCAUCAUGUCGUUCUUGGUGUUUCAAGAUAAGUAUGGGGAUGUGUUCACUGUCUACCUGGGUACCCAGCCAGUGGUUGUCAUGUGUGGACCAGAGGCUGUGAAAGAAGCUGUGGUGAAGAAUGUAAAGGUGUUCUGUGGCCAUGGCAUCCUUGCCAUAUCUGAUUCAGUCUUCCAGGGAUAUGGGUUCUUUUCUAGUGGUAGACAACAACAUUGGAGCACACCUCACAGAUUCUCAAUUACUACCCUCAGGGACUUGGGGAUGGGAAAGAAGAGUGUUAAAGAGAACAUAAAGACUGAAGCCCAAUGCUUGGUAGAGGAACUCCGGAAAUCCCAGGGGGUCCUUCUGGACCCUACCUUUCUUUUCCAUUCAGUCAUGGCCAACAUCAUCUGUUCUCUUGUGUUUGGCAAGUACUUCUUAUACCAGGAUACUGAGUUCCAGGGACUGUUGAAUGUGUUAACUGAAGCUUUCACCAUUAUCAGCUCCUCCUGGAUUCAGUUGUUUGAACAGUUCCCACACUUGCUGAAGUUUUUUCCUGGGCCCCAUUGCCGUGUGUUGAAAAUUGCUCAGCAUGUCAAAGAAUUCAUUGCAAGCAAUGUUGAGAAGCACCAAGAGAGUCUGAACCCCAGUGCCCCUUGGGACUUGGUAGACAGUUUCCUGCUCCGCAUAUAGGAAGAGAAGGAGGUCCCAGGUUCUGAGUUUGAUCAUAGGUCCCUCAUCUUUACCAUCCUGAAUUCAUUCCCUGCCGGCACUGAGACAAGCAGCGCCACCCUGCACUAUGGCUGCCUCUUGCUUCUCAAAUACCCCCAGGUGGCAGAGAAAGGCCAGGAAGAGAUUGACUGGAUAAUAGGGAAGAAUCAUUCUCCAGAACUCCAGGACCGAGCCAAAAUGCCCUACACUGAUGCUGUCAUCCAUGAAAUCCAGAGACUCAGUGACCUCCUCCCUCUGGGUAUACCUCACAUGGUGACCGAGGGCACCUUCUUCCCAAGAAAUUCUAGAAUUUCCCCAGAAGGUACUGAUGUGUUCCUUUUCCUGAGCUCCAGUCUGAAAAAUCCUCAUCAUUUUGAGAAGCCACAUAUCUUUGACCCCAACCACUUCUUGGAUGCCCAAGGAGCUCUGAAAAAGAAUGAAGCCUUCAUCCCUUUCUCCAUGGGGAAAUGCAUCUGUCUAGGUGAGAGUAUUGCUCGAUCAGAACUCUUCAUUUUCCUCACCACCAUCCUGCAGAAUGUCUCCCUGGUCUCCUCCAAGCCCCCUGAAGACUUGGACAUCAGGCCCCAGGAGAGUGGCUUAGGGACAGUGCUCCAAAACUAUGAGCUCCACUUUCUGCCCUGCUGA